GUAAAACAUAUAUAUUAUACGUUCUCUGACAGGUUUUCAUUUUCCCUGCAAAUAAAAAUAAAUUUAUAUUGUAUUCGUCAUGUUUGCAAUGAAUUAACAAAAGAGUUUCAGCUUUAUUAAAUGUGAACAGUAACAUAUUUCAGUUUUUUCCUUAUACAAAAUAAAAAUUUUAGAAAACUAGUAGGCAGAAUGUCGAGCACUAUGAGUGGUGACGAACAGGACGAUGAAAUAAAAAUCGAUCAACCACAAGAGUUGUGUUUUGAGAAAAGUCCAGAAAGUAAUGAGGAACGAGAGAAAAGAUUGGAAAUCGAGCGCUUACUACAGGAAUUCAAUGGUUGUUUACCAAUUCAAAUAUUACAGGAAAUUGCACGAUCCGACCACGGCCUAGUCACAGAUGAAUUACGUCGCUUAUUAUGGCCACAAUUAGCUGGUGUUGAUACCACCUCCUUAGAUCCUGCCCCAAGUCUAAUGGAUUUACAAACGCAUCCAGAAUACCAACAAGUGGUGCUUGAUGUAAAUAGAUCUCUUAAACGAUUUCCGCCUGGCAUUCCAUAUGAACAACGUAUUGCAUUACAAGAUCAGUUAACUGUUUUAAUAUUACGUGUGAUAAAAAAGUAUCCGAAUUUACGCUAUUACCAAGGUUAUCAUGACGUGGCUGUAACAUUUUUAUUAGUCGUUGGGGAAGAAGUAGCAUUUGCGGUUAUGGAAGAAUUAUCAACUAAUCAUUUCUCAGAAUGUAUGCAAGAGACAAUGGAAGCGACACAAAAACGUCUGAUGUUCAUAUGGCCAAUAAUAGAUUUUGAAAAUCCGCAAUUAUUUAAAUUUUUGCAACAAUCUGCAGUUGGUACACUUUUUGCGUUGCCUUGGUAUCUAACAUGGUUUGGCCAUAGUUUAAAUUCAUACAAAGAUGUGGUCCGUCUGUAUGACUACUUUUUGGCAUCGCCAAUUUAUAUGCCCAUAUUUGUUACCGCUGCUAUAAUACUACAUCGAACUGAAGAUUUACUAAAGGCCGACUGUGACAUGGCUUCAGUGCACUGUCUACUCUCCAAGCUUCCUGAUGAUUUACCUUUUGAAGAGCUAUUAAAAACAUCAAGUAUUUUGUAUAAUAAAUACUCCUUAACCGUAAUUGAAAAACAUGUUGAAGAGCUUGUACGAAAAGAAAAGCUUCAAAGACAAAUUGAAGAGAGACGUAUUCAAGAGCGAAGAAAGCAAAUUGCACGUAAUGCUCGUAACGGUAGCAACAACCUAUCGAAAUGGUUACCACAAAUGCUUACACCAAAAUCAAUGAUUGUAACAACAGCAUUCUCUAUUCUGGUUGGAAUUUGCGCUUAUUACUACAAAAAUCAGUAUCUCUCAGCUGGGGUUAGUUGAGUAAGCAUUUACGUGCAACCGAGCCAAAACCAUGCGCUAAGACACGCAACAGCACCACUUUGGAAUUGGAUGAUUGGCUUUUCAUUUUGCUAAAUAAAUAUAUAUAUAAGUACAUACAUACAUACAUACAUACAUAUAAAAAACAAAAAUAAUAAAAAUUACGAAAGCUUAAGCAUUCGUAAUUGAUAUCGCAAUAAGAUAAAAUGUUCACUACAUUAUAAUAAUAGGUUUUUCAUUGCUGGUAUUUUAAGGGAACACUUUGUUUUUAUAGUAUUUAAUUUACAUCGAUAAGAAUAUUGUUACUAUUAAAUUUGUUGUUCAGAAAUGGAUUUUCUUGUUUUAUGCACUAAGAUAUUGUAAAAAUAUUCAGAAAGUACACCACAGAGCUGCUGCUCUCUAUCCUCAUACAUUACAAAAUAUAUACUCAUAUGCAUAUGUUGUAUUUAUACCAUGCAAAAACAUAGUAAAGUAAAUUUUAAUGAAGAUAAAAUAAAGUAAAAGGUACUUGUUAGAUUUG